AACAUACGGCCGUAGCUUUAUGGUUAUUUAAACGGCUGGACACCAUUGCACGAACACCAGAUCCUGCCUUCUGAUUUUCCAACGAAGAACCAUGAGAACUUUUGUUGCCCUUGUCGUGCUAGCCGGGCUUAUUGCCAUGGCAUUUGGAGAAAGGUGUGACAGAACGUCCGAUUGCAGCCACGAAACUUGUGCCGGUCAGGGUUGGACUGUCGCAUGUGUUCAUGACACGUGCACGUGCACCGAAGCCAGAGGUUCUUGCCCUGGUGGACUAGCAAGUGAAUGCACCUGCAAUAACGGAGAUCCCCACUGCAUUGACAGAGUAUGCCAUUGUACAAGGAACUAAAUAAUAAAAACAUGAAAUUUAAAA